AUGUGCCGUGCAUCGAUCUGCGGUAACAGUGUUAGGUUCGAUCUCGCGUGUUUUAGUUUGAACGUUGUUACGCGUUUCCAGCCGCCGAUGGAGGAUUUACCGAAACCCGGCUCGCUAACGAAGCCGGGCUUGUUUGUUCAGCAAACGCGCGCGCUGUUUGCCGUGCAGUUUUAUCUAAAAAUUUUACAAAGCCUCAAAGAGAUAAACAAAAGCUCCUAUUUUCAUCUCCCGUCUGGUGGGAAAAACGGACGGGCGGACCGGACCACCUGGCGAACGUCCGGCGGCGGUGUUAACAAAGCCACGUGUACGGAGCAACGCGCCGAAACCAACUGGGACGGUCGAUCUAUUAAAGCGGUGCGCGUGCACAGGCCCGCCGGUCCAUUUCCCCCACGCGACUCGCCCCGU